CGCCCGCGCGCGCAGCCAUGGAGGGAGUGAGCGCGCUGCUGGCCCGCUGCCCCACGGCCGGCCUGGCCGGCGGCCUGGGGGUCACGGCGUGCGCCGCGGCCGGCGUGCUGCUCUACCGGAUCGCGCGGAGGAUGAAGCCGACACACACCAUCGUGAACUGCUGGUUCUGCAACCAGGACACAGUCGUGCCCUAUGGGAAUCGUAACUGCUGGGAUUGUCCCCACUGCGAGCAGUACAACGGCUUCCAGGAGAAUGGCGACUACAACAAGCCGAUCCCUGCCCAGUACAUGGAGCACCUGAACCACGUGGUGAGCAGCACACCUGGCCCCCGUGCCCCCACACAGCCCCAACAGUGGGUGAGCAGCCAGGUGCUGCUGUGCCGGAGGUGUAGCCACCACCAGACCACCAAAAUCAAGCAGCUGGCUGCCUUCGCACCACGUGACGAGGGCAGGUAUGACGAGGAGAUCGAGGUAUACCGGCAUCACCUGGAGCAGAUGUACAAGCUGUGCCGGCCAUGCCAGGCGGCCGUCGAGCACUACCUCAAGCACCAGAACCGACAGCUGCGCGCUCUGCUGCUCAGCCAGCAGUUCAGGCGCCGGGAGGCUGACCAGACCCGCACGCAGAGCUUCUCAUCUGCGGUAAAGGCCCCAGUCCAGGUCAUCAUGCUGCGUGCCCUCGCCUUCCUGGCCUGCACCUUCCUGAUGACCGUUGCGCUCUAUGGCACCAGCAACCCUUUUGCCCCUGAGGCCACUCUGCCCCCAGCCCUGCCGCCCGGUGGUAAUGGCUCAGCCACACCUGACAACAGCACUGGCCCUGGGGCUGAGGGCUGGCAGCAGCUGCUGGGCUUGCUGCCCGAGCACGCGGCAGAGAAGCUACGCGAGGCCUGGGCCUUCGGGCAGAGCCACCAGAUGGGCGUCGUGGCAUUGGGCCUGCUCACCUGCCUGCUGGCCAUGCUUCUGGCUGGCCGCCUCAGGCUCCGGCGGAUUGACGCCUUCUCCACCUGCCUAUGGGCCCUGCUGCUGGGGCUGCACCUGACUGAGCAGUACCUGCAGGCUGCCUCCCCCAGCUGGCUGGACACACUCAAGUUCAGCACCACGUCCCUGUGCUGCCUGGUGGGCUUCACGGCAGCUGUGGCCACAAGGAAGGCGACAGGCCCAAGGAGGUUCCGGCCCCGAAGGUGUUUCCCGAGAGACUCGGCCGGCCUCUUCCCCACGAGCCCCAACCUAGCCGUGCCAUGCCCAGGCGCGGGCCCUGCAGCAUCUCUGUUCAUCCCCAGCCCGCCUGGCUUCCUGCCACUUGCCAGCCAGCAGCUGUUCCGGUCUCCUCGACGGGCCUCGCCCUCCUCGCUGCCAGGCCGCCUCAGCCGGGCACUCUCACUGGGAACCAUCCCCUCUCUGACUCGAGCAGACUCGGGGUAUCUGUUCAGCGGGAGCCGUCCGCCAUCUCAGGUGUCUCGCUCUGGAGAGGUUCCUGUUUCAGAUUACUUCUCUCUGCUGUCGGGAUACUGCCCCUCCUCCCCACUCCCUUCCCCAGCACCUUCCGUGGCCGGCUCCGUGGCCUCCAGCUCCGGCUCUCUGCGCCACCGCAGGCCGCUCAUCAGCCCGGCCCGGCUCAACCUGAAGGGGCAGAAGCUGCUGCUGUUUCCGUCACCCCCCGGGGAGGUGCCCAACACACCCAGCAGCUCAGACGAACACUCGCCCCACAACGGCAGCCUCUUUCCCCUCGAGCCGCCCCAGGUCCCACAGAGAUCGCCGGCGCAGGACACGAAGCUCACUGUGGACAUGAGGUCAGUGCCAGAAAGAGGCAGUGCCUGCAGCAGCCGCUCCAUCAAGAAAGAGGAUGACUCAUCCCAGUCAUCCACCUGUGUGGUGGACACAACCACCCAAGGGUGCGUGGAGGAGGCCACUGCCUGGAGAGGUCGUUUCAGGCCCUCCCUGGUCCGGGGCCUCCUGGCCGUGAGCUUAGCUGCCAAUGUGUUCUUCACCUCCGCCUACCUGUACCAGAUUCUGCGCUGACCUGUGGUCCGCAGCCUCCCAGCGCCCAGAGGGUCUCCGAGGCACCCAGGUGCAUGCUGCUUCCACCACUGCCGGCCUCAGAGCCCUCCCUGCAGGGCUGUCUCCACCGUCCUCUCCAGGGCCUUUGACCUCACUGGGCCCGUCCUGUGCUCGGGAUCCCUCCUCCUCACCUAACAGACCGCAGGGCUGAGCCUGGUCCGUGAGGUCACUCUCCUCCCUGCCCGUCUCCUUGGCUGACAUCUCUUGUGUUUGGUGCUGACCCUGAUCCCGAAGCCAGGGGUCCCUGAGGGGCUACAGGACCCUGGAGUCCCCCCCAACUGCCCAGCCUACCUGGCCGACGUGCCACUACUACUGUACCUGCAGCAGGCGCUGGGCUGCCUCAUGACCCUGCGCCACGGGCUAGGACCACAUCUCCGUACUGUACUUCUAUCCCACUACAGCCACCUCAGGUUCCCUGGGGGAGGAUGGAGGGUGAUCCCCGUGUCCCUCAUCCUCAGUCCUGCCCCGUGAAGAACAGACCUUGGGCAGGCCCCCUUGAGGACAGGCAGUACCUGGCCCUGCCUUGCUCUGUCCUGUCAGCUCCAGGCCCAGCCUGCCUUCUGGCUCUCCUGGUGGGCAGGCAGGUACCGGGGGUCCCCAGCCCAGGGCCCCUCAGAGUUCUAGUGUAAGCACCUCCCCUCCCGCCCCCACCAGCCACCCUUCUGGCCUCUCGUGCCCCCAUUUUAUUACCUCCAGUGCCCUUCCCAGGCAGCAGCCCUGUGACACUGAGAACACUACCCAGAGCCCCCUACCCCAUUUCCUGGCCUGUGCUUCUGGGCCCCUCCUCCACACACUGCCCACAGGGGAGGCUCCAGCCCUUGGCCUGCAUUGCCCUGCGGGACAGGCCCGGGCCAGCCUGCAGGUCUCAGAUGGGAGUGGACCCUGCCCCUGCCCUGCCGUGAACCUCCUCCCCUCCGUCUCAUUCUGCUGUCACGGUGGGCUCAGGGUGACCUCUGUCUCAGGCCAACUCAGCUGGCUUUCCUUCCCACCCCACUGCCCUCCAGCCCUGCCACUGCCCUUCCGACUGCUACUGCACAUUUGCCCCCCAACCCCUGCCUUUCUGCUGGGGUCCCGUCCUGCCCCUGAGAGGAGAAAGGACGGGCCCUUGGUCUGGCAACAGGGACUCCCCCUGCCCCACUGCUGUGAGGAACGAGUGUGCAUGUGGCCAUCAAAGGCCCCCCUGACCCCGUCCCCGCUGCCCCGGGGCCUCAGACACGGGUGGGCAGCCACAGUCUUGCACAAUCCUGUGCCACUCGGGGAGGAAUUGGCAGUCUUGGGGAAUUCUGAGACUUGCUGGUGGAGGGUGGUGGUCAUGAGGGCAGGAGGAAGGGUCUUUAUCAUUCAGGGAUAAAGUUUAAUUUUAUUUUUCUACACAUUUUUGCCAGGUAAGGCAUUUUGCUGGUAAGCAGGAUGCCCCCAGUUCUCCCUGCCAGGGAGGUUUCGUUUUUUUAAGCCUUGGGUGCUUUUUUAGAGUUUUUUUUACCAUGUGGGGAAGGAGUUGCUCUGACUUCCCCCUCUCUCCUCUUCCCCCCACUCCUGUCCUGAGAGCUGUUUCCUGCCCUGUCUCACCCCCAGAACACGGGGCAUGGGGAGCCAGGGGCUGCACCAGGACCCUGUGUCCAACUGCCAGAGAUGAUUCCAACUUGGAGGUGCUGCUUCUUGGCCCCCAUUUGUACAGCGGGCAUGUGUGUCAAGUUUUUUAAUUUUAUUUUUUGCCUAACAAAGCCAAACUCCGUUCCCGAACACCCUUCCUCUGUGGCUCUGAGGAAGCCUCAACACAGUGCCCAGCCUCCCGUCUCAGUCUGGGCCAGCUUGGUCCCUCCUGCCCAAGCCCGGAGGUUACAGCACCUCGCAGGGGCAGGGGAGAGGCGGAGUGGGGAGGGGGGGCUUCCUCAUGUUUUGUUUCAAACAAAAAACACAACCUUAUUUUUCUUUACAAAAACAAAAAAGGAAACCAAAAAAGAUACCAACCUUUGAACUAUA